ACGCAGACACGCUUCGCGUACGUGAUUUGAGCUGGGUUGCUGCGUGGACGCAUUUGGUGCCAGUCCGUGCAAUGCUUCUUGCGUGCACGAAAUACAUAAAACACUUUACACUGUAGCGUCCUGGGAAAAAUAAUCUGAUUAGCACAUGUGUUGUGUUCUAUGAUAAGUGUCUCUCUAGCACGAAUGUAAAUUGUCACUGUUUAUUCACUAGAGCGUUAACAAUUCACACAACUGAAGUUUGUCACACUGUUUGAAAACGGUUCCCGGUUUGAAUAACCACAACAAACGUGUCUCAACACUAUCUGUUACACUUAUUUAGUGCGGUUAUACGCGUGUUUUUAAUCAAGCAUUUAUUAAACGUCUCUGCUAACACAGUUUAUUCGUAGCACUAUAGGGUCACAUCGUGUGGAAUUGCAGUUCUAUGUGUUGUCGAUAACAUAUCGUCCCAACAAUGUUUUUAUCGAAGUUAGUCACAGUUUGUGCCUUAAAAGUAGCGUUUCUCUAUGCUGCACUUCGCUAUAUUGCUUCGGAUGUGUGUAAAAGUGUAUCACCCAUGGGAUUAGGGCACAAGAAUAGGCUGAAGACGUCGAUUCAUCUCUCAUCGGAUGCUAUACACAGCCCAAAACCGAAUGGAAAGGUCAUUUAGUACAAUGAACAGAGUGAUGACAAAAUUAAGGAAUAGGAUGGGUCAGGAAAUGCUCCAAGCUUGUGUGAAGAUUUCAACUGAAGGGGACGAGGAGCCAACAGAAAGUUUUAUUGAUGACUUCGUCAAGAGAUAUGCUGUAAAAAAGCCUCAACAUAUUAGUUUGAUGCAAAUAUUCACGGAUCCCAAGGAUGGCGUGGCCACAGCAGCUGCCAGAGGGUAUCAUCAUGACACCAUGGGACGACCCCAUGGAGAUGGAGCCUUCAUCUCCUCUGCCUCCUCUCAUCAUACCGAUGGAGCUGGACCCACCCACACUGCAACAGCCGACACCUUCCUCAUCUGGUUAUUGGCCUGCACAGAUCAAGGGUCUGCCACCAGUUUCUUCACCCAUGGGGAUCCUCAUAAAACGCACUGUUGCAGUCAUCGACAGUGUUUGCUACAGCAGUGAGGAGCAAUGGUGUCUGUUGUUUGGUCUCCUUAAUCAGCACACCACUGUGACUACACACAAGGCUCGGAGUUCUGUGGAAUUGGAAUUUCAAGAGCAUAAAUAUAAUGGAGCAAGAUAAAUAAAAGAAAUCUGAAUCAA